AGUAAAUGCUUGCAGCUGUUCAGUUGCUUACUAGCUUUAAUCUUAAUUCCAGAUUUGCUUCAAGAUGGCUUUGGAAAACAUCCUUUCUACUACUGUUUAGUUGCAGAGGCUGAAAACAAGCGGACAGAAAGGAGUUGCACUGUAGGUUAUGCCAUGUACAACUUUAAUUAUGAUCCUCGGAUUGGCAAGUUACUUUACCUGAAAGACUUCUAUAUCAUGGAACCGUAUCGAGGUCUGGGCAUUGGAUCCGAAAUUUUAAAGCUAUUAAGCCAGACAGCACUGGAGACCCACUGUAGCUGCAUGCAGUUCCUGGUACUCAUCUGUAACAAGCCAUCUGUGGAGUAUUAUAUAAAAUGUGGAGCUUCGAAUCUCUCAACUGAAGAGGGCUGGCAUCUUUUUAGAUUCAACAAAGAAGCACUUCUCAGAAUGGCAGCUGAGUGACCAAGAGCCACAGUCACCAUUCCAGCACGUGUACAAAAUCAGAAUAGUCAUCUCAUUUAACCUGCUUUCCCUUCUAGCAAAUACAACCUAAAUGUCUCUAAAAUUAUCUGCAU